UUCAACCCAAAACACUUCUUCCCCAAAUCCCCCAAAACAAAUUCAAAAUUAAAACAAAUCCCUAAUUCUCAAAUUUCACACACUCCUUCUCCGUCGUCGUUUUACAUGAACCCCGGUUUCCAAAACCGCCAUGACUAGAAGAACCGUAUCAUCGGAGAGACAACCGCCGCAAUCAUCGCCGUCGAUUUCGAGGUCGAUUACGCAAACACUUAACGGCUCGCACAAGUUCUUGAUCCAAGGCUAUUCGCUUGCGAAGGGAAUGGGAGUGGGAAAACACAUUGCGAGCGAUGUGUUCACCGUCGGAGGGUAUCAGUGGGCGAUCUACUUCUAUCCUGACGGCAAGAAUCCGGAGGAUGCUUCCAAUUAUGUUUCCGUUUUCAUCGCGUUAGCUAGUGAAGGAACCGAUGUAAGAGCGCUUUUUGAACUCACGCUUGUUGAUCAGAGUGGACAGGGGAAGCAUAAAGUUCAUAGCCAUUUUGAUCGAUCUCUUGAGAGUGGUCCGUAUACUCUGAAGUAUAAGGGUAGCAUGUGGGGGUACAAGAGAUUUUUCAGACGGAAUUUGCUUGAAAGCUCUGAAUUCCUCAAGAACGACUGCUUAAAAAUCAACUGUACUGUUGGAGUUGUAGUUUCUGCCACUGAUUGUCCUCUUCUUAACUCUAUUCACGUCCCAGAAUCUGACAUUGGAUCACACUUUGGCACACUACUGGAGAAUAUGGAAGGUUCAGAUGUUACUUUUGAUGUGGCUGGGGAGAGGUUUCCUGGUCAUAAGAUCGUGUUGGCUGCUAGAUCCCCAGAAUUUCGAUCCAAAUUUUUAAAUGGUAUGGAUGUGGAUACGGACAAACAGGAGAUUGUUGUAACAGAUUUAGAACCAAAGGUUUUUAAGGCAAUGCUGCAUUUUAUCUACAGGGAUACCCUUACAGAAGAGGCAGAUGUGGUUCCAUCAACAUCAUCUAGUGAUUUUCCGGUUUGUGAGACAUUGAUAGCAAAAUUGUUAGCUGCAGCAGACAAGUAUGGCUUGGACAGGCUUAAACUGAUGUGCGAGUCUCGUCUUUGCAAUGACAUUGAUGUGAACUCUGUAGCCAGAAUUUUAACAUUGGCUGACCAAUGCCAUGCCGCAGAGUUAAAAGCUGUUUGCCUAAAAUUUGCUGCUCAAAAUCUAGCAGCUAUCAUGAGGACGGAUGGAUUUGAGUCUAUGAAAGAGAAAUGUCCAUGGCUACAGUCAGAGAUCUUGAAGACAAUUGCUGGCUGUGAGGGUGAUACUUGCAGCACAGGGGAGAAAUCUCAGAGUGUAUGGGCCCAACUUUCAGAUGGUGGCGAAACAAAUGGCAGGAGAGUUAGACAGAGACAUUGAUAUCUGUUGUCACAUUGAUAUCUCUGAUUUUUUUUUUUGUAAAUGAAGUUAUAAUGUUGAAAAACAGGGGAGAAUUUCUCCAUGUUUUAAUAGAAAGUUCUUUAGAAAAAGAAAGUAGACUAGAUGCUAUGCAGGUUAUACAUAUGUCUUCAAUGGUGUGUGUUCUUAGUGCGGAGUAGUUAUUGAAAAUGAGCUCAUCUGCAGUAGACGUUUGUAGAGGAUCCAAGUCCAUACUUCGAAACUCUAUGUCAUCGUUGCUGGACUUUAUGUCCCCAUCUCCUUUGUCCCUUGAUGCCCUUUGUUCAAACCUUAAUGUUUGUAGAACUAGGUUCCAUAGGAUGGUUGCUAUACCUUGUAAAAAGUAUUCAUUUUGUAAACACCGUUUCUUUAUUUAAACUUCAUAAACAGUGGUAAUGUGAGAUAGUCCUUCUUGAA